GAAGCAGUGGACAUUGUGACGUAACAGCUCGGUGUUUAGCAGCCGAUUUAAUUUUCAUUUAUAUUCAUUUUCUAUCUGUAGAAUUUCUGCAGCGUUUUCUUAAGCGUCUCUAUAAGUGAAGAGUCAUUGUGUUUCAACCCAGAAAUCAAAAGAAAUACAACACGGGGCAAUACAACGUUAAAAGCUCUCCACACAAAAGUGAAGAAUUUAACAAGGCAUAAUGACAGAAGAUUCUUCUGCUGACUUGCAUUUCUCUGGAGCUUUGGAGAGACUGGGGGAAUGUGACCCAAAUGUAGCUGUUGCAAAGGCUAAAGAAAAACUGGACAGUCUUGAUAGUGUGACUCUGAAUAUUGCAGUGACUGGGGAAACAGGAGCAGGAAAGUCUGCCUUCAUCAAUGCAUUUCGAGGUCUGAAUGAUGAUGACGACAAUUCUGCACCAACUGGAAUAACUGAAACAACAAAGCAAGUUACCAUGUACACCCAUCCCUCAAAGUCAAAUGUCAGACUGUGGGACCUGCCAGGCACUGGCAUGCCUGAUUUCAAGGCUAACAAAUUCCUCAAGGAAGUGAAAUUGGAAACUUAUGAUUUAUUUAUCAUCAUUUCCUCUGAGAGAUUCAAGGAAAAUGAUGUCUUUCUGGCCAAGGAGAUUGAAAAAAAGCAGAAGAGGUUUUAUUUUGUCCGGACCAAGAUUGACAAUGACAUUCGGUCAGUGGCGAAGAAAAGAAAUUUUGAUGAGCAGAAGGUACUUUGCACAAUUAGAGAGGACUGCCAAAGAAAUGUGAAGGAGCUAGGAAACCCCAGGGUGUUCCUGAUUUCCUCUUAUGACUUGGGAAAAUAUGACUUCCAAGACCUUGUAGAUACCCUAGAGUUAGACCUUCCAGAAAACAAGAGAUUUGCUCUGGUCCAGUCUGUGCCUGUGAGCUCUCUGGCUAUGCUAGAGAAGAAAAAAGAGGUUAUGGAGAAGUUUAUUUGGCUUGCAGCGCUAGCCUCAGGUCUGGUUGCCGUUAUCCCUGUUCCUUUAUUACCUGUGGUCAUUGACAAGAUGGUAUUGACAACCUAUCUUGUACAUUGCCAUUACGUUCUGGGUUUGAAUGAGAAAUCACUCAUCAAACUGUCGGAGAGAAUGAACAAGCCUCUCUCACAGCUGAAAGCAGCUAUAAAGUCUCCUUUAGCAUUAGCAGUGGUAGACAAACUGACAAUUAGGCCUCGUACAUCUGUGGCAAAACCAGUGAAAAGCUUAGAGGAUCUGCUUGAUGCUAAAUUUCUUGCAACCAGUUUCAUCACUGCGUCUGAGGCCUUCAAAUUCACAUUCACUGUCUUGCGUGGAGCACUAAAUGACAUGAUAAAUGACAUGAAACAGGUUCUUCAAGCUGCAGGUUUGAAUGAAUAAAAUCAAAGAGAUGUUUACCAAAAUGUUAACCAAAAUUACAUCAGAACAUCAAAACUGAGUUUAUUGGCCAUACGUCUGCACUGGAGAGUUAAAUGGUUGGAAAGAAAUGUUAUACUGAAUAAUAUUGUCCUGUUAUGUUCUUCAUAUUUUAUAAUAGUGCAUGUUAAAUGGAAUGGAAUACGUAGAAUAAUAAUCAUUUAGGCAACAAAUUGGGUAAAAUGUGUGACUUUGUACUGUUUAAGGAUAUGUGGGAAUCUGUUGGUUUGUGCAAAAAUUUCUGCCUACUCGUUUUAUUAUACAAUUAGGACUGAUAACCUCAUUGUGAUAUUUAACUUGUUUUACAAUGUAUACAAGGUCUUUAGGCCAAAGGGUCAGAAUCUCUUUAUGCUACCUUCUGCUAAUAUACCUUUUCUGUAUAUUCUGUAGUUUGUUUUGUAUGUUGUGAAUUUGCUUUUUGCAUAUUGUUAAUGAAAUUUUGAAUGACAUAGUAGCAGGUGUUUAUAGUUUCAGGAUUUACUAGUUGUACGUGUAUUACUACAUCCAGGCUCGGGAUUUGCAUUUAUUAUUGAAAAUAUAU